AGGACCAAGCACAACCUUCUAUUGGUUGGCAUACUCGCUGGUGUUUGUCAAGGUCUCUGAAUCUUCUCCACCUGCCUAGGGUAUCGUUCCUAUGGUGCAAGCGUUGAGUCACAUUUUGAGUUUAGUUGAACUUCAAUUAUUUCACAACCACUUACAAUCCUGUGCCUCGUACCCCAUGCCCCUGUUCCUCCAACAUAACUCUGAAACCAGUUGAAAUAACAAGGCCUUUGGAGAACAGAGGGAAAUGGAGGCCAGGGGCCCUGCCUCCUUCUUUGUGGCCGUAGGGGAGGAAGCUGGGGUCCCGAGGCUCUCAGCUCUGCGUGCUCCUGACUGCCUGCUGCUGCUCCAUCCCACUGCCUUGAAACCAUCCUGGCCUGGGAGGAAAUGACAAAGUUCGCUGCUGGACACUAGUUACAAGUCAAGCCUUGGAUAACACGUGGAGAUUUGCAAAGGGGUCCAUGAUGUUGGCAGUUUCAUUUCUGGUGGCCUCCCUCUGCUACUUCAGAAGGCUGUAUUUAUAUUUAGGGCAGCAACUGAAAUGGUGGAUUGGAUAUCUGCAGAGAAAAUUCAAAAGGAACCUCAGUGUGGAAGCGGAAGUUGAUUUACUCAGUUACUCUGCAAGAGAAUGGAAAGGAGAGCUACCUCGUGCCAAGCUGAUGAGGAAGGCUUAUGAGGAACUGUUCUGGCGGCAUCAUAUUAAAUGUGUUCGGCAAGUAAAACGAGAUAACUACGAUGCACUGAGAUCGGUACUGUUCCAGGUGUUCAGCCAGGGCCUCCCUUUUCCAUCCUGGAUGAGGGAAAAAGACAUUGUUAAGCUUCCUGAAAAACUGCUAUUUUCACAAGGUUGUAAUUGGAUCCAGCAAUACAGUUUUGGUCCUGAGAAAUACACAGGUUCAAACGUGUUUGGAAAAUUACGUAAAUACGUAGAAUUAUUGAAAACACAGUGGACUGAAUUUAGUGGAAUUAAAGAUUACCACAAGAGAGGCGGUAUGUGCAACAUCCUUUUUUCUGAUGCAAUUCUGGAGUAUAAACUUUACGAAGCUUUAAAAUUCAUCAUGCUGUAUCAAGUUACCGAAGUUUACGAACAAAUGAAGACUAAAAAGGUUGUUCCCAGUCUGUUCAGACUCCUGUUUUCCAGGGAAAGCUCAGCUGACCCUUUGAGCUUCAUGAUAAAUCACCUGAAUUCUGUCGGCGACACUUGUGGAUUAGAGCAGAUUGAUAUGUUUAUACUUGGAUACUCCCUUGAAGUAAAGAUAAAAGUCUUCAGACUGUUCAAGUUCAAUUCCAGCGACUUUGAAGUCUGCUAUCCGGAUGAGCCUCUCAGGGAGUGGCCAGAGAUCCGCUUGCUGACGGAGAAUGACCGCCAGUACCACAUCCCCAUCCUUUAAGGCCAGAGGGCGAGUGGCAGUGUUCCCCAGUGACUGCAGCCACACCUGAAAGGAAAGCCGUUGUUGGAAGCCAAAGUGAGUGUUUCAGCUGCUGAGGGAAGUAGGACUUUUUCUCUGGAGUUUCAGGUACACAGGAGGGGGCAGUGCACAGAUGGCUUGUCGUUUUUUCAGUGAUUUCCUCCAAAGCAGCUGCAUUGACACAGGUGGGUUGGUGGUUUGACUUUAUCCAUCAGGCCUCUGGACACGACAUCCAACGGCUGGCCUUUGAGAGUGCGAGGAAGUUUAAUAUGGACAACAAUGGGGAAAAAAAUCUAGAAGAGAACAGUUAGGGAAAAAUGGCUGAUGCGGAAAGAAAGAAUAUGUUUAUCUCCAAGCUUUAAGUUCUUCAUUAAGAAUCUCAUCGACUGAUUUUGAAUCAGCGCCAACAUGGCCUUAUUUUUUUAAGCAUUAUCUUUCCAAGAAUCUCUGUGGUAUACUGAUUUUCUCAAUCCACAUAUUUAACUUUAAAAUGUGUGUGUGAACGUGCACAUAUAUAUGUACAUGCAUAUGUAUACAUGUAUAGUUUUAUACGUACAUAAGUAUACAUACAUACAUAUAACCACUACUUUGUAAUGUUGUACAGUUGGUUUUAUAUCUCUUUGUUUUUUUUUGUUACUGUUGUGUCUGGCUAGUUUAACGUGUUUUAUAUAAAUAAAAAAGGUAAAUUUGUAGAUUAAGGUCACUGAAUGACAGUGACUGAACUGUCCCCAAAAUAUUAAACUAUGAUGUAUUUAAUAUGUCUUUAUAUGUGUGUUUAAUGUGGAAUCUCACUAUGGUGGGCAGAAUAAUAGUCCCACAAAAGUGUGCUAAUCCCCAGAGUCUAUAAAUAUGUUGUUACAUGGCCAAGAGAAAUGAAGGUUGCAGAUGGAAUUAAGGUAAUUAAUCGGUGACCUUGCAAUAGGGAGAGUAUCCUGGGUUCUCCAGGUGGCCCUGAUAAAAUCACAAGGGUCCUUAAAAGUGGAAGAGGGAACCCGAAGAGAGAGUCAAGAGGAAGAUGUGAAAUAAGGAAGAGGUGCUACAGUGCUGGCUUUGAAGAUGGAGGAAGGGGCCACAAGAUGGGGCGGCCUCUAGAAGCUGGAAAAGGAAAGAAAAUGGACCCUCCCCUCAAGCCUGCAGAAAGGAACACAGCUCUGCUGACCCCUGACAUCAGCCCAGUGAAACCGGGUCAGGCCUCUAACCUGCAGACCUGUAAGAGAAUAAAAUGUGUUGUUUAAGCUGCUAA